UCUUCUUCUCCCCUACACCGAACAAGGAAGCCCAGCCACCAAAAGCACCUCCACUUGAAAAAACAAAAUGGUAAGAAAGCUUGGUUUUUGCCUUUCUUUUCUUGUUCAAGAACAAGAUUUAGACUUGGAAAUCUUUCUCCUCUGUAGAAUUUCCAGAUCUGCUCUGCUUUAUUCCUCACCGUCCGUUGUUCUUGCCGGUGUUUGGGUGUGAAUUCUUCAAAUUUCUUAUCCCCUGAAAUUCUCCUUCAUUCUCACCGGCCUCCCCCCAAUCUGCAGCUCUGAUUUUGCUUGCUAAAUUUUGGUUCUUGAUUGUUUGGUCACCCCAGCACUUGGAGUGAAUUUUCUGUGUUAUGUGACUAAGGUAAGUAAAUUAUGGUAACGCCUUUCUAUUUCAAAGUAAAAGCAUAUUUUAAAUUGUUUUUGAGAUGGUGGCAAGGUUUAAAUUGAUUUUAUUAGCACCGAGCAUGAUUGGUUUGAAAUGAAAUUAUUUUCAUUUUUAUUGAGUAAGAGCAUGCCUACUUAAAAUUUACUUAACUGCCCUAAUGAUCUUAGAAUUUUUGUAAAUUAUGAAUUUUUUGUUAAAUCCAUGCCUACAUUGGAAUUUUUCGGUUUAUUUUUUACAUUUGAGAUUGAUUGUGAAUUACGGAUUUUUCUUGUAAAUCCUGCAUGGUUUUGUCUCCAAUAUGGUCAUGUUUUACUGUGCUCGCUAGUGGGAGGUUUAUAAAUGCUAGCACAUGUUGACAUGUUUACCGAUAGGAUCAGUUCAUUACUGAAAUCCUACCAAUGGGAUAAUAUAUUGGUUAUUAUUGACGUCUGCCAAUGAGAGUUAAACACUGGCCAUGACUUAUAAAUGAGGCUACUACUGAAUCUUAUUCUGCAUUAACCAUUUAUCACUGAAUGUUUUGUUACAUUAAACUGUUUAUCAGGCAUGCUUAAAUUUUACUUACGGGUUAUUCAUAUUUUUACUUAUUGAGAUAUUUUAUCUCAUAGUUUUUCCUUGUCCACCAUUUCAGGAAGUGAGACCCAAGGCACGGUUAACUAGAGAAAGUGACGAGCUAGACAGCUAGUCAGUAUUUUGGACUUAGAUCCUUUUUGGACUUAAGCCGUUAGCCACACAUGUUUGACAUAGAUGUAAAUUGAGAAAUCAUUUUUUUGUAUAUUGAUUUUCCUUGGUUAUAGCCAUGAUUAUUUUAUAAACUUUGUACAUCUGGACUAGCAAAUUUUGGGUAACUAAAAGCUAGUUAUUUAU